AUGGAAGCACCAGAUGAACUCUCUUUGGGUUCCAAAGACCACACCAACAUUGUCAAAGGGAAAAGAACCAAAAGGGUAAGGCCACAAUCCCCUAUUCCCUUCUCCAUCACUGCUAAUUCUUCCACUGGAGAAGGAGAAAGAGAAGAUUGUUACAAUGGUGUUGAUCAUGAUGAUCACAACAACAACAACAACAACAAUAACAACAGGAACAGCUCCCCCGCCACUUCUUCUGCAGGCUUACAAGACAGCACAGAUGAAGAGGAGGACAUGGCGAAUUGCCUCAUCCUCCUGGCACAAGGACAAUCCCGGGAAUCCCCAAAACUCGCCGAGGAAGACGGUGGCAUGAACUAUGCCAGGUAUAGCAGUAAAAAAUUCUUGGAAGCUGCUACCUUGGGGUCUAGCAGGGCAGGGUAUUAUGUUUAUGAAUGCAAGACAUGUAACAGAACUUUCCCUUCAUUUCAAGCACUUGGAGGCCACAGGGCUAGUCACAAGAAGCCUAAGGCAAUGGCAAUGGCAAUUGGGCAAGACAAAAAACAAGUCUUUUUGUCUUCAGAUGAAGAAGAGUUUCAAUUGAAGACCAAUAAAUCAUCACUUUCCUUUCAAUUGAAUGGCAGGGGAAAUUUGUACAGCAAUAACAACAAGUCAAAGGUUCAUGAGUGCUCUAUCUGUGGUGCUGAAUUCACAUCAGGACAAGCACUUGGUGGCCAUAUGAGACGCCACCGAGCACCCGUGGGAACCAACACCGCACUUUCUUUGACCCCAAUGGCUUUGGAACCAGAAGAAGAUCAUCCCAGAAAGAAAAGGAAUGUGUUGAAUUUGGAUUUGGAUCUCAACCUUCCUGCCCCUGAAGAUGAUCAAAGAGAAUCCAAGUUUGCCUUUGCAUCCAAGCAACAACAACAACAACAACAACAACAGCAUGGAAAUAAACAACAACAACAACAAACAAGUCUUGUCUUCCCCGCCCCAGCUUUGGUGGAUUGUCAUUACUGA